AGCUCGGCGAGGGGUCCGUCCUUCUCUGUCACUGUAUCUUUCGCCUGUUAUAAUUCCGCCCGCCUCUCUCUGACUCUGCCUGUCUUACCCUUUCUGUUCGUGCCUCUCUGCACUCGGGUCCUUUCUGGGGGAAUCACAGUGCCUUGGUGUUUCAGCUCCCCUCUCUGAGCAGUGGUCUCUGGUGCACUUUCUGUCCCGACACCAUCCCCUUUCCUAGCGCCUUCCCUCUACUUCUAGCAGGCUUGACUGCUCAGGCAUGGGAGUAGAGGCUAGGGGCCUCUCUCCUGGCUUCCCUCUCCAUCUCACCGAGCCUGUCAGUCAGGAGGCCUCUGGUUCUGCAGCCGCGGGUGGCCUACAGCCAGAGGGCGGAGCCCAUCCGGGCGGGACUGGCCGUAGGUCCACCUCAUAAAGCCAGGGGCGAGAGGCGCAACACGCUCUGAAGGAGCCCUGGAGGGGCUAUUUAGCCUGACAGACCGCACAGGCUCAGCCGGGGCUCGACAGUGACAUGCCCUGGGGCUCCCGGACCGCGCUGAGCUGGGCGCUGUUGCUGCGGUUGCUGGCACUGCUUCGGCCGCUGGGGCUGGGCGAGGCGUGCAGCUGCGCCCCCGCGCACCCCCAGCAGCAUGUCUGCCGCUCGACGCUCGGUGAGUCCCGGGAGCCUUCAAGGUCCACAGCGGGGGAUGGUUGUGUGGGAUCGCUACGGGCCCGAGCUGGCGACCAGGAGUCUGGAGCAAUCCGGGCCAAAAUCUCCAAUGAGAAGGUAGUUCCUGCCAGUGCGGAUCCUGCUGACACUCAAAAAAUGAUCCGGUAUGAAAUCAAACAGAUAAAGAUGUUCAAAGGGUUUGAGAAAGUCAGCGAUAUUCAGUAUAUCUAUACACCUUUUGAUUCCUCCCUCUGUGGGGUGAGACUGGAAGCUAACAGCCAGAAGCAGUAUCUCCUGACUGGUCAGGUCCUCAGUGAUGGGAAAGUCUUCAUCCAUCUGUGCAACUACAUUGAGCCCUGGGAGAACCUGUCCUUUCUGCAGAGAGAAAGUCUGAAUCACCACUACCAUCUGAACUGUGGCUGCCAAGUAAGGGAACGUCCAUUUCCAAGAUCACCACCUGCUAUACAGUGUCCUGCACCAUCUCGGCCCCCAAUGAGUGCCUCUGGACAGACUGGCUGUUGGAACGGAAGCUCUAUGGGUACCAGGCCCAGCAUUAUGUCUGCAUGAAGCAUGCUGACGGCACCUGCAGCUGGUACCAGAGACAUCUGCCCCUCCGGAAGGAGUUUGUUGACAUCAUCCAGCCUUAGGAGGGACGGCCACAUUCCUUCAAGAGUCCUAAAGACCAAGCCAUUCUCCUUCUCUGCAGAGCUCUGGCUGUCACCACCUGCCUCAUCGCUGCCAGCCAGCAGGAAGUACCAAGUGGCUGGUCUGGCCAGCUUUAGGGCAGGGGUGGGGCGUAUAACAGCUUGUGUCUGAGACCCCAUCCCAGAAUCUGUCAAGGGCUAGGGAAAGUAGCCUGGCUUUUCUCUCCUGCCCUCAGCCCCUCAUCUCUGCCUCCCAAACCCUUUUAGUCAAGCUGGUACUUAUUACUGAUUCCAGAUUAGUUCGUUUUCCAAAGCUGGGGCUAUUCCUUUUUCUCCCCAGGAAAAUGCGUUUUCUCUUCUCUUAACUGAUCUGACAGGGGAGAGAUGGUGGAUAUUAUGCACACGAGAUGAUGUGGCCCUGUGAUGACAGUACCCGGAGGUGGGUGGACAGUAUCCUAAGCAGGCUGAGGUGGAGGAAUGAAAAGAACAACAUACGUUGGCUGUGUGUCCUAUACUCCUCCUGUCUCAGCUCAUCCUAAUCCUCUGAUACACACUUAUCUGUUUGGGGGAGCGACUCGGGGGACACGGAAUCAUUCAGUGUGAGCCUACAGUGGCCUCACCUCCCUCCUCACACUCUGAUCCUCUCUGCGCCGUCCCUGGCAGAGGGCCUGGCCCUAGCUGGCACACCUCUUUGGACAAGAACAGACUUGGGCAUUGUCUCUCCAGGUUAACUGUACUUAAUGCCCUCGACUGAGGUCCAAAAGGUUUCUCCUCUGUCUCUUUUAGAAGGUCUCUCUCUGCUAGAUUACUAAUGUUUUCAUUCCUAUUUCAAAACUUAUUUUAAGCCAAGAAAAGCAUUUCUCUUAGAGUUGAAAUUCCCACUUAGCUUUUUGAUACCUCAGAGAGAUCUUAGGAGGUCCUUUCCUAAGGGCAGAUUUCAGGAUGGAGGACAGGAGAGAAAUAACACAAGGGCCCUCUUGGGGGAAAAGGAUGGUGGAUGGAGAAUAUACUUUGAGAGUGUUGCCAUUUUUUUCAGUGGUCAGCCUGGUAGAUGCUACAGCAGGAGAAAGCUAGCUCUGAGGCCCCAGAGAGCCCCUCCGCCUCCAGCUCAGUGGCCUCUUGGAUUCCCUGAGUCUCCAAGCACAGACCCCUAGGGGUCCUCAGCCUCUGCAAGCCUUCCUGACUUACCCUGAAAGGGAAAGCCCUGAUGUGAGUCUCAAGGACUUAUUAAGGGCAAGGGCUUAAUGUUCCAGGGCCUCUCCUGGGGAAGCUCUGGCAAAGAUGAAGGUGGUAGUUCUUUUCAAGGCCCUAGGUUAUUAUUCAUCUUCUCUGUGUGGCUUGCUGAUAAGCUGAGCCAUGUACAAAUGCCACAAGAAGGCCCCUGAUUCACAGAAACAGUGUGAAUGCAGAUUCCUCCUGCAGGUCUCUGUCCAGAGCACCAGACUUGGAAAGCUAUGGCAGAGUCUCCACUGGAGGGUUAAGCAGGGUCACCAACUGACCAUGCAAGACUAGGGCAGAGGAUGUGGGGACAGAGAAGAAGGGGGUUAAGCUCCAGGUCACCACGGAGGAAAAACAUUAGUAACAGCCUCUGUACCAACAGUCCAUCUCAUCUCUCUGCCCUUCUGCCAUCCUAGGAUGGCCUCAGAGAAGGCACAAUGCAAACCCAGUCCUGUCGAAAUCUCAGGGACGCCAAGGGAAGGCAAGUGUCUGGGGAAUACAAAUAGGAACAAUACCUUACAUCUGAGGAGCACUUCACACUUUCCAGAGGCUGUUACUUAAGGAUUCUCACUUAUAAGCAAGUACCAUAUUAGAGAUGCUGGUCAGGAAUGGUUACGUCCCCUUGGCUUUCUGACUGGGAAACUGACACACAGGGAGGGGUGCAACUGUCCAGGACUUGUGGCAGCCCCAGGGCUAGAACCCAAGCAGGGGAUCUUCUGAUUGUUGAUCUACAGGGUUCUUACUCUUUUAUCUUGACACACUGCUCUUGUUUCUGCUCUUUCCUAUUCUGUCUCCAGGUUUUGGAGGCAAAGGGGCUGCCAUGUAAAACCCAGACACUUUGGCCCCACAGAACGGGUAUACAGUUCAUCCUCAAUAGAGUCUCUCGGGUUGAGAUGCUGAGGCCCUCUUCAGAGCCGCAUGGUCACCAUGUGGCUAAGCUGAGAGUGCAAACAGCAGAGAGGCUGAAGUGCCCUCUCAGUCACCUACCAUCUCCUUGUGGUUGGGGUAGUACGUCUGUUCGAUGAGUGGGAACUUGUCUCCUCCCAGUGUCUUGUAGAUGGCUACCAGCUGAGCAAACUGCAAAAGAGAAGCAAACAUUUCGUUCACCUAGACAGCUUCUGGGACAGACAGACAAAAUGUCAACCUGUCAAACAAGUAUUUGUCUAGCAUUUGCGCCACUGAGGGCUUCGUGCAGAGCACUCUGGGGAUAGGAAAAAGGUGUCCCAUCUCUGUUCUCCAGGAAGUUAUGCUCUAGUUGGGGAAGGGAGAGAGGGUGAGCUAACAUUCAUUCAGUACCUACUCAAUUUUACUGAUAUUUCCUCAUUUCAAAUGGAUAAACUAGGUACUUUAUCAUCCUCAUUUUACAUAUGAGGCUCGGAGAGGGUAGGAAACUUGCCUAAAGUCACAGAGCUGCAAAGGGGUAAAGCUGGGAUUGAAAUCUGGGUCUCUCACUCUAAAUGCCUGCAUCUCUAGAGAUGGCAAGUGAUGAAGCUGGGGAGGUAACAUGGGGCCCAGUCUUGAAGUUCAAAUGCCAAACAAAGGAAUGGUAGCUUUUUCCUGUAGGGAGUACGGAGUCAUCAGAGUUUAAGCAGGGAGGUCCUGAAUGAAACUGUUCUUCACGAAGAUGUAGGUGGUCAUGGAAUGCAGGAAAGACAGACCCAGUCUUCUGGGGCUUAAUACUCAUUCGAGAACUGAACUCACUGGACCCUUUAGCUAUGAGAAAGCGGAACAGCUCCAUGGGAAGAGGUGAGGUACACACAUGUAAGCGUCAGGGCUUGCCUUUGGCACACAUGCAUCUCCCCUUGGUGCCCCCUCUCCCCCACACUUUAUCAGUGAAGAAACUGAGGCCCAGAGAGGUCACUUGCCCAAGGUCACACAGCAGUUGAGCCAGAUUCAUGGCCAGGCUCCUUUAUUCCUAACUCAUAAGUCUCCCUACUCCUUCUUGUAGCUGCCUUUCAGGCUCUCAAGAGACCAUGUUCUUCCCACAGGAGACUUUCUUGUUCAGUCCAUUCCCACACACGCCCACACCCACCCCUAGCGCCCUGGCAGCAGGGGUAAUCCAGCAUCUUCUCCGCAGUGCUACUGGGUUCACGCUCUAAGCCACUGAUGUCUGGAACUGCUAGAAGGAAAAGUUGCCAGAUCGAACCUGCCUUCUACUUAGCAGAGAAAGGAGAGCUGGAACAUUUCUCAAACGCUCAGGUCCUACUCUCUAUAAGGUACGUCAGCACGUGAGCAGUGUGGGGACACGAGCGUGGAGAACUGGGCUCUUAGGAAAUUGGAGUCUUCUGAUUCUUCUUGUUCCGCCUUGACUUGCCAGGUGUCCUUGGGCAAAUGAUUUCUCCUCUCCAGGCCUCAUUUUCUUCACAUAUAAAAUGAGAAAACUCAGUUUCCUCAAACUUUUCACCACAAAAGAACACCUAUUGUAUUUCCUCCCAGACUCCAUGAUCAAACUACUGGUUAAGCGAUCAUCUGCUGUGGUCCCUUUGUGAGUAAAGAUAGAAUUAUGUUAUUUUUGAAAUGCAGAAAAACACUGGAAUUUCUGGGUCACUUCCCUUAAUGACACACAGUUGGUGACUCUGGAUCACUAAGGCCUCCUCCGGGGCUGGAAGUAUGAUUAAUGGACUUUCGGCCCCCAAGGCUUUAUUAUUGAAAGGGACUGUAGAGUCUCUAGACGAGACAUCUCAUGUUACAGAUGAGGAGACUGAGGCUAGAAGAGCAAAGGAAAGCGGAGGCUCCGACCUCGUGCCUGGAGGUGAGGCUGCCCUGGGGCGGCACCCGGUUCUCUUCUGGCCCAGUGCAUUCUCCGUGGAACUCAUGGCCUUCACCAUUCUUUGGCUCGUCAACGUUCUUUGACUAUCAAGAACCCCCUCAGACCCUUCCUGCCAUCUCUGAUUCUCCCCACCACCUCAUCUGACCUUUAAAUCCUGCCUGCCCACUUCAGCCUGGCUGGACUCCUGCUCUGUGUCUGGAAACCUGCCUGAGCUCCCCGAGCUCUCCAGCAUCCCCAGCAAGCUGAUGCCAGCUCUGCCUAACGACCUGUGUCCUGCUGCAGCCCACGCCCUGGCACCGCACCAAGGCAUGUGGGGCCCUAUCUUCCCAGCAUGUGGGAGAAUUACACAGACACCGCACUGAUGCCAAGAAGGCCCACGGUGGACUCCCAGGGUCCUCAGGCAGCCAAGACUAAAGUGGCAGCCAGUUCCCAGGCACAGGCUGGGUCCUUGGGAGCUCACCCACCCUCUUCUACCUCCAGCAGCCACUGUCUGCUCAAAGUUCUGGGCUUGGCCUCUAACCCCUGCCUCCUUGGAAACUUAGAUUCAGUCACAAGCACACAGUCACCGAUUAAACAAAAGUAACAUC